AUGGUUAAGUACGGCCUGGACUAUACACGGUGCAGAUGGAUCUUGCCUCUCCUUCUGGGUUUAGCAAUGAUCUUUGGCAUCAUUGCAUUGGCUGGCUGGGGCUGGGUAACCUCAGAAGCCCUGCCAGUUACACAACUAGGCUCAUUAUGGCAACUAUGUACGUCAGGACCUGAUGGCUGGACCUGCGAGUCUUUACUGAAGUAUGCCUGGGGAAGAGGUGCAGCUGCUACGUUCUUGGUGGGGUUCGUUAUUGUAUGCAUUUGUUUCGCAUUGUCCAUCAUCGCAUUCGCCAUCACUACUCUUCGUUUCAACUUCAUUAGAGGAAUAGGAGGGCUAUGUUUUGUUGCCGCCUUGUUCUCAUUAAUAGCCCUUGUCAUCUACCCUGUGAUGAUGUCAAAACAUCUUGACAACCUUCAAAGGAUGAAUAGCCAGUUCGACUGGUCCUAUGGCUUUGGGUGGACCAUGUGUCUCAUGGCAAUAGGCCUAGGAUUCUUCUUUUGCUGUCUCCCUCUCUACGAAGACCAUAUCUUGGGCAAUGUCAAACCUAUAUAUUAUUAGGGUGGUGCACCAUAAGCAAAAGAGAUAGUAUUGAUUUCCUGAACGUUCGCAUCCCAAAGACACGUACCAGAUAAAACCACCCCCUGUAUCCUCAUCUCCACCCAGCCAACCACAUGUUAUUAGAAGCAGUGGAGAGGCUUCAGUGCAGUCACAAUACAAUUGCCUUUUUGAGCUAGAGCAGAUACAUCAAACAUUUAUUGAUCACUUGGAGUGAUUGAUUACAAAUUAAAAUAUACAUAUUAAUUGACUUUAAUCAGAUUAAUUUAACUUAAUCUGUGUUCCUGAAAGGGAACUAGGUAUCAAUGGCAUUGUUGCAAAUAAUCUACAUACGUCUCUUGCUUCAGGCUAUACAUUUGAGGGUUUUCCCCCCAAAAGAAAUUAUUUGUUAGUGACAGUUAGUCAAAGCAGUGUGAUAUAUUAAUGAAAAACUUAGAGAUGUCAUCAUCAGUAUUUAGAUACUGCAGUGCUUUUUUGGUUGGUUAAUGUAUUAAUUGAAAUUAGUGCAGUUAUUUGACUGAUCUGUUUAAUCAGAAAGCUCUUAACAUUUAUCUAUGUAUUAUAACCUCCUGCAUACUAGAAGUACCUAUAUAUUUUUUGAAAACAUGCUGCCGGUAUCCUGGUGUGAAGGAAAUGGGAGUUCUGUUGCUUCUAAACAUUAGUUAUGCUGGCCAUUGGAAACUGCAUUGUACAAGCAUGAAAACAAAAUUUAAUUAAUUUGGGUUGAUUUGUGACAUUUCCCAGCUUACAUUUUGCAUCCAGGGAACCAUUCAGCAUCCAGGGAAUCAUUCAGAAAACUGUAGGCUGUAGGCGUGGGUCUUUAUAAUGUAGGAGAUUGGCCAGUCCAAGUCUGAGACAUGAUGAUCAUAAAACUUUGUGACCCACUUUUGUGAUUCAUGCAUGUCAGGCCCACACCUGAUAAUUUACACAUUACUAAGAUGGAUGUGAGCUAAUCUAGACACUAAACGAAACAAGUGAAAUUUUAAUCACAUUCUAAAAUCUCUUAAACCCUGUUUGUGCUAUUUUACAUUGGAAAUGUGGGGCAAAAAUCUAUCUCUAAAUAGAUACAUGGUAUCCUUUCAAUACAUUCCUUUUGCACCCCAAACAAUUUAUAAUGAAUAGCUAUUUCUCAUGAGGCAUUAGAAUGACAGUCUACCAUACUGUAAAUAAAGCUAUAUAAGAAGGUUUGCUAAAUGUUCUGCUGUUUUGUAUCCAUAUCUCUUUGUUUAGCCAUAUUGCUACAUGGAAACACUUAGACCUCCUCAGCAGUCAAUGCUUGAA